AUGACUAUCACCUCAAUCAUCUCAGACUCAAAACCAGACCUCCAACCAUACGAAGAACUCUACAAAGAGCUCCAUCAAAACCCAGGACUCUCCCUUCAAGAACACUUCGCUGCCGAAACAGCAGCCAAAUACCUCCGAGAACUAGAUGGCUUCGAAGUCCGGACCAACAUUGGCGGUACAGGCCUAAUAGGCAUCCUCAAAAAUGGAGAAGGAAAAACAGUUCUCUUACGAGCUGACAUCGAUGCUCUUCCGGUGGAAGAGUUGACAGGACUACCUUACGCAAGCAAGAAGAAAGAGGUAGACGUCGAAGAUGGCAACGAGUACUCAGUGAUGCACGCAUGUGGACAUGAUAUGCACAUCACAUCAAUGCUAGCAGCAGCAAAGACGCUCCACUCAUCGCAAAAAGACUGGAAAGGCACGCUGGUAAUUCUCUUCCAACCAAACGAAGAGCGAGCCGGGGGAGCGAAAGCCAUGAUCGCAGACGGCUUGUACGAUCCCAAAAAACACGCUUGUCCUAUUCCCGAUGCAGUUCUGGGUCAACAUGUAAUGCCGCUCGCGUCUGGGACUGUCGGGACGCGAGUCGGAAGCUUUGCGUCUGCUGCUGAUAGCUUUCGUGUUACGGUUUAUGGUCGUGGCGGUCAUGCUUCUCAGCCUCACAUGACGAUUGAUCCAGUCGUUUUAGCUGCUCAUAUCAUAGUGAGAUUACAGACUGUUGUCUCUAGGGAGGUGAAUCCGAGAGAGGCUGCUGUUGUCACGGUUGGCAGUAUUAUUUCUGGGAGAACCGAAAAUAUCAUCUCCAGUGAGGCGACGCUGAAAAUUAAUGUCCGCACGGUAACGCCAGAAACAAGGAAAGCGGUCUUAUCAGCUAUAAAACGAAUCGUGAAAGCAGAAUGCGAAGCCAGUAACUCCCCAAAGGAACCCCUCUGGGAACCGACAAGUUCAUUCCCCUUCACAAUAAACGACGAGGAGGUUACAAACACAGUCGCCGCCGCAUUCGCCAAACACUUUGGAGACCAGCACGAUUCGGAAUCACCACCACUCGGUGGAUCCGAGGAUUUCAGUAUUCUGGCGACCGAAGCACCGAAUAAGAACGGUGGAAAGGGCGUUCCAUACACGUAUUGGAAUUUUGGAGGCGUGGAUCCGAAGAAAUACAAAGAUGCGUUGGAGAAGGGGACGAUGUCGGAUAUUCCGAUAAAUCAUAGUGCGUAUUUUGCGCCGGUGAUACAGCCUACGUUGAGUACGGGCGUUGAUGCGUUGGUUGUUGCGGCGUUGGCGUUUCUGACGUGA